AUGUCUGACGGAGGACCAGUCAAGCUCACCCUGAGGGGUAGCCCUCAAGAGAUCGGCGUCAAGCAUGGCCAGUCAUUGAAAGACCAGAUCCACGACCAAAUGCGUAUCUACGAGAGCAUGUUCGAAUAUACUUCAAAGCUAUCCUGGCAAGAAGUCCGCGAAGUUGCCAAAGAAUUUGUUUCUACGCUUCAAAGCUUGACUCCUGAUAUAUUUGCCGAGAUGGAAGGGAUUGCGGAGGGAGCAGAGGUUGACAUACUGGAUAUUGUGGCUCUGAAUUGUCGAAGCGAAAUCGCCCUGGGCAAGUUCUCCGAUGGAUGCACAACACUGUGCUGGAAGAAGCACGAAAAUUGUCGUGUACUAUCGCAAAACUGGGACUGGACUGCAACCGUGAAGAAAAAUCUGGCCAUGGUUUCUAUUGAGCAGUCCGGGAAGCCUACUAUAUACAUGGUCACCGAGGCAGGAAUCGUCGGCAAGAUUGGUUUCAAUUCCGCCGCCGUGGGGACAUGCCUCAAUGCUAUUCGUGCCAAACCCAUGAUUAGCAGUAAGCUGCCUAUCCACGUCGCUCUCAGACUAUGCCUUGAAAGCACCUCAGCCGCCGAGGCUGUUAGCACACUGGAGAGACUUGGCGGUGUUGCAUCUGCUCAGCAUAUCUUGGUCGCUGACAGCACUACAGCCCUAGGGCUCGAAUUGUCGCCGGUGGGCAACAAAUAUAUCCCCGAAGAUGCAUCAGGGCUUAUAGGGCAUACCAACCAUUUCAUCGAAAAUCGAUAUGUGGAGGAGCCCCCAUGGCUGUCUGGAUCACCAAUCAGACUCAAGCGACUGAGUGAUCUCACAACCGAGCUCAUUUCGAGUGGCGUGAAUGGAGAUACCAUUUCGCCUGCUUUGUUGCGAGAGCGAAUAUUCUCGGAUACCUACAAUGCUCCGCAGGCGAUCGCCUGCCAGGAGGACGAAUCUCGUCAUGUCUCAAGGCGUAGCAGUUCUUUAUUUAACAUUGUCAUGAAUCUAGAUCCACAGAAUCCUGGUGCUGAGGUAGUCUGGGGUCGUCCCGGCUCUGGGGAAGAAGGGCCUGUCCUCAGGAUGCCUUGGUGA